UGGCUCGAGACAUCGCGCUUUGGGCUCUGCCGGCGCGCGCUGCAGGGCAGAUGCGUCAGACCUCCUGCUUGCGGCCAGCCCCAUUCACGCUUGCGCCCCUGCUGCCCUGGCUGGUCCUCGCAGCUGGUUGGGCUGGAGACGGCAACGAACUCUGCCAGGAUGCCGCGUGCCAUCCGGGGGAGGAGCAGGCGCUGCUGCAGAGCAGGGCCCUGCAGCGCGGGGCGGCGCCGCGGCGGGCCCGGGCGGGGCCGGCCGCCUGCGCGCCCGGGGACGGCGUGCGGUGCCCGGGCUCGGGGCGCCCGUGCGCAGGAGGCCAGUGCUGCCCGGCCGCGGUGGGCUCCGGCGGCACGUUCCCGUGCCCGUCGCAGGGCCCCGGCAGCCAGGGCUUCUGGAGAGCAGAAGCCAGCUUCUCGGGGUGCGUGAACAACACGAAGGUCGUGGACUGCCUGGACAGCGAGGAGCGUCAGGAAGUUGCUGCGGAGCCUCGCACCUGCGCUCCCGCAGGGGAAGUGGCGUGCCCGGGCUCGGGCAACGCCUGCGCGGGCGACCAGUGUUGCCCGGCCGCGAUGGGUUCGGGUGGCACCUUCCUUCGGCAUUUCCACCGAACGAUCCCGUGCCCGUCAGCGAGCGUCAACUUCUCGGGGUGCGUGAACAAUACGAAGGUCUUCAAUUGCCUUGCCACCUCCUUGGCGCAGGGUGCAGCAGUAGAGGAGCAGGGCGCGCCGCCCCCGCACUGCGCAGGUGUCCCUCUGCAGUCCGACAGGUAUGCCGACUAUCCUCUCGGAGGGGGCACGAUCUUCGAGUUGAAGAACAUUGUGCAGCCAUCCGAUCCGACCACCUAUCAGGGGGACCUUUUGGACGCGGGGCGCGGAACCCCAGAAAUGUAUGAUCGGAAGGACAAUAAGUUUGCGAACCGCGACGCGUUUCUCUUCAAGUGCACAUUUACGUAUGAUCGAACGGACUACCCGUUGACUUUGCGAGCAAGCGCGGAGGAUUUCGUGGACCAUGGCGAAGUGAGGUUGAGGAUCGAGCCGUUUUUAAAGAGUGUUGGGCGGAUGCCUGAGGUGUUGAUGCAGAACCUCAGAUACCUCCAUAUAUACAAGGGAACUCAUCCUUGGGGGGGCAACCCAUAUUAUCAAACUUUGAUGAUGUAUUUGGAUAAGUACGAUCAUGAUCAGAUAGGUGAGGUGGUCAUGCAUGAGCUUUCACACACCUCGUUGGAUAACCGAUUGUCUCCGGGCCGCUAUGCUGAAGCAGUCGACUCAGAUUGCAAGCAGUAUUUCAGCAAAUACGCCAGAGAUGAACCAGGCCGAGAAUCAUUCGCAGAAGGGUUUCUUGUGUACUUUGCUUACACGUACAGGAAGGACAGGUUGACCGAGGUGCAGGCCGAGAAUAUCAUCAAGACGGGCCCACAUCAGAUAGCAUUCUUCGACGCAAACAUUUUACGACAAUACACACAUCCACCGUCUUAAGCGGCAAGAGGUCUUUGCACUAUGGGCAUUAUUUGUUUUGAUCGAUGUGAUUACAGUGCGCAGAUUUUUAUUUUGCUUGCACCCAGGGCUGACCGCUGGAAGCCGGAACAGGCUAAUUCGCAGAGCGGCGCUUUGAGCUUCUGUCUGGUCGGUUGCCUCUGUUCCCUCCCUUUCCCCUCCUCUUCAUCCCCUCCCUCCCUUCCUUUCCUCCUCUCCCCGCCCUGCCUCACUGUUGCCCCCGCGCCACCCGCGAAGUCUGCAAGGCGAUCGCUGUGAUGGCAAGUUCCUGGAGAGCGAUUCUUCGCCGUGCCCACGGGCUGCACAGCCUAAGGCUCCAAGUCCAAGAGAGUCGAAAACUAGACCUGUUAGCCUUUGAAGGUCGCCGUCGAACGCUGCUUGGCGCUGGGUUUGAUGGCGCCGUGAUAGCCAGAACUUGCGCAAACGAACACGAUAGCAGUAUUCGGUUGGUAAGUGUAGGGCGACCGAGCAGCCGAUUUCCAGCAAACGCAAACGCGAUGUGGG